AUGAUGGGGUCGUUUAUUGAUCUGUCUACCCUGCAGACAGAAGGACUGAACCCUCGAACUACAAAUAUAGACCAGGUCUCAACUGUUGAGCUAUGUCGUUUGAUCAAUGAUGAAGACGUCACAGUUCCAGGAGCAGUUGGUCUUCACAUACCCAGAAUAGCUGCAGUAAUCGAUGCAUUGGCACCUCGUGUAUCCCGCGGUGGACGGGUUGUAUAUGUUGGUGCUGGUACCAGUGGGAGACUUGGGGUACUCGAUGCAUCAGAAAUACCACCCACAUUCUCAGCUCCUUUUGAACAGUUUGUUGCUCUUAUGGCUGGUGGGGAUGCGGCAAUGCGGAAAGCCCAAGAAGGUGCAGAAGAUGACAGCAAUGGUGGUAAACAAGACUUGGAGGUGUUAAAUCUUGACCCUGAGCUUGACUCGUUGAUCGGAAUCGCUGCAUCUGGCCGCACCCCUUACGUGCUAUCUUGCUUGGAGUAUGCGAAGCGGCUAGGAUGCAUUACCAUUGGAAUUGCAUGUUCAAAUCCUUCAACUAUGAGUACUUCCGGACUAGUUGACUAUAUGAUUAGCCCAGUUACUGGUCCUGAGGUUGUUACAGGGAGUACAAGGAUGAAAGCCGGCACAGCUACAAAGCUUUGUAAUGGUAGUGUCAAGCUUGCCCUCGCUACUCUUGCGCUGGGCUCAUCUCCCGAGUAUGCAAGAAACAAGCUGGAACUUUCAGGUGGUAAACUCUCUGCCAUUAUGACAGCUGAUACAAAAUCAGGAGCUGACAGACGCGGCAUUAAACGUGUAAAUGCUACACAAUCUACUGUCAUAUCAGAGAAGUUAGUCCUAUAUGUAGACGGUGGGGGGACAAAAUGCCGUGCAAUAGUUAUUAACUCGCUAUCACAGUUGGGUGAAGGUGAGGCAGGGCCUUGCAACGUGUCUGAUACAUCCCUAGAUUCUGCAAUAUCUGCGAUUAAACUCGCUGGGGACAGAGCUCUUGAUAAUUUAUCAUUACUGUUACCCACUGAGCGCCGGAUUCUGAGCCUCAAGAAUGUCGAGUUCACAGCAAUUUGGAUCGGAGUUGCUGGGUAUGAUAGGCCCCAAAUGAAGUCUCUGCUUGACCCUGCCCUAUCAUCCAUAUUUCGGCUUGCCAGGGAUGGGGUCCUUACAUUAUCAAAUGAUAUCCAUGUGUUGGCUUCAGCAGUUCCGUUUGAUACCAGGCCAUCGAUCAGCCAUUCUUCUGUCAAUAUUGUCCUUAUCGCCGGAACUGGGAGCGUUGCAGUAAGAUACUGUCACGACAGAUCUACCGGAGAGGUAGUUCCGGAUGGAAGAUCUGGCGGAUGGGGCCAUUUAUUAGGUGACGACGGAUCCGGGUUUGAUUUGGGUCGAUCUGCCAUACGAUCUACACUCUUCGCCCUGGACAUUUUGCGACAUUCUCCGAACGACCAGCUUUCCCCGGGAGGCGCUUAUAAAAUGUUGAGCCCACUUUCACAAAAAGUUCUGGAUCAUUUUGGUAUUUCACGAGAAACCAAUAAUUAUGACUUGCUCAGUGCCAUUUUGACUAAUGCCGGCUCGGAGGGUCCAAACCUCUGCCCCAAAAACAAGAUUGCUAGCGUUGCAAGGCUAGUAUUGGAUGUAUUUAAUCCUCAACAACGGGAUCAGCCAUCAGCCGAUCCCUCCGUGAGAGGCGGCGAAGCACAUGAAAUAAUUAGGCAAGGGAUUAGUGGCCUGGUUCGUACCUUAAAGGCCCUCCUACCACGGCCCGCUAAUUCUGGAGGUUGCAAUUUAAUAUUAGGUGGCGGGCUAUUAGCAGGAAAAAACGAUGCGUACCGCUCUGAAUUGAUAUCCGAACUAGAAAAGGAAGAUAUCAUUCCACGGAUUGUCUUGUCAACUACCAUUGUCCAAGACCCUUGCAGUCUUGGGGCAAGGAUAUUGGAAUCAACAUAUCUGAAGACGCAUGUAUCAUAG